ACGAAGGGAAAUGCCUCCCGCAGCCAGAGCUCCGAACGCUAGCGCACUCAGCACCACUUCAGCAAAUGCGAUGUGCACUUGGAGAGCUGAGGACCUUAACAGUUUAGGAGAAACCAAAAUGACGGAGAGAUAAAAGGGUUGGAAAAGAUGAUAAUUUCAGUGACUUUUGACCAUACAACUUCUUUUACUUCUGUUGGAAUUUUCUAGGAUAAGUUUCUUGAGUCUUUUGGAUGUAACCCUGCGCGCAAAGCAUCGGGAGGUGUAAUGUUGUGAAGAGACUACAGCAGAUUUGGAUGGUGUCCCAAUAUGAAUACAGAUUAUAAGAAGCCACCCCUAGCACCAAAACCAAAGAUUCUUAGUCACCUGACUUCUAAGUUGCCUUCGUCACUGAUGUCAAAACCUUGCUCCUCAGCCCGGGGUCCCAAGCCUCCUAUUGCUCCCAAACCAAAGCUUCUGCAGGACUCAGAUGAAAAGUGUUGCUUGUAUACGAACAAUAGCCUCAACAGAUGCUCCAAUGGCACGUUACUGUGCUCUGAAGAGGACUUCAAUCAAGAGAAUGAGUCCGACAGUUUCCAGAUAACAGGUGAUGGCUAUAUUCUGUUGUCUGACAAUGAGCAGCUUACUGAUGACGGAGAAGAAUGUGACAAUGAGGAGGGACACCUGCUGGAGCUGUGUUCUGAUGCUGUGGCCCUUGGUUCUAGUGACAACGGAGAGGAACUUGAAGAGGAUGAAGAGGGGGGUGAGGGAAAUUUAAUGGACCCCGUUGACACUGAAGGCACUGAUAGAAUGGAAUGUGCUGAAAUUAGUAACGCUGAAUAUGCGGACCUAACUGAACCAGCAUGCUGUGGUUCACAUGAAGCGCUUGAGGCUGAUGAUGAACUUUCAGAAAUUGCUGAAGCUUGUGAUAAUGAGGAAGUGAACAAAUCCUCUGAACAUCAACCUCAUCAGGCAAAUGAAGAUUAUGAAUUAGUAGACACCCAGCAGGGUGCUGAGGUUGAUGAAGAAUUAAGUCAAGAUGCAGGAAAUGAUGCCAAGAGAGAGGCUGUUGAGGAAUGCCUCAGUGAUAAUACCCCAGCUAUCGACACUCGGUGUGGAAUUGCUGAAGAGGAUGAUGCACCUGCUGCAGUUUCACAAGAGUCUAUGACUUUUUAUGAAGAAACACAAGAUCCCAAAGAAAAAGAGGAUGAUUUAAUGAACAACAAUUGUGAGGAUCUUUUAGAAAGUGAAGAACGUCAGGACAAUCAGUGUGCUGUGUCUUUUGAAACUUCAUUUUCAGAGAAGCAGGAGAAUGAGAUCUCUGUAGAUUUUUCUUCAGUUGGUGAACAAGAAAUUCUUGCAGACCAAAUAAAUGAUUCUAGUGUCUCAGAAGCAGCUGAGGAUAGUAUCAUAGGCAAUGAGCCCAUUGCAGAUGUGGAAAAUAAUUUGGAAACUGAGGCAAAACCUGAGGAGGAAUAUUAUGUUAACGAAACCUUUAAAGUCUUGAGCUCUGAAGAACAGGGACCUAUGAACACCACCGAUAAUGUUUCAUUAGAGGCUAUAGCUGAUGUUGAGGAAAUCCAGGCUAACAUGGUAGGGGACACAACUGAAGAAACCAUUGACUCUUUACAGUUUAGUUCUGAGAUCCAAUCUGCUAUGAUAGAAUUAAUGCCUGAAAUUGAAGUCAGUGAGCCUGUUGAAGAUGCUAGUGAAUUAGAUGGAUCUGUCUCUCAGGAAACAGAGGAUUUAGAAGCAGUUGAAUGUAUUCCAUCUGAGGACCUUAUUGAAGUACCUGAGGCAGACAACCUCAUGGAAUCUGACCAAGACAAAACAGAAGUGGAUGCUGACUGUACCGAAAGAGAGGGUGAAGGUCUUAGUAGUCAGAGCACUAACCAAGCUCAGAAUGAACCAUGCGCUAUGACAGUUCCAGGAGACAUAGAUGUGAUAAGGAUAGAUGAACUGAUCAAUAGGCAGGUAUUAACAGACACUUCAGAUAUUUUUGGGGAUGACAUAGACUUUGAAGGCCUUAUUGUGCCUUACUUGGAGGAAACAGACACGGACAGAGCAGAAGAUACCAUCAGUGAUGAGCACGUCUAUGAAGAGGCUGGACUUGACACUGAAGGAGAAAACCUGAACUUUAUUUCUCUGGACCGAAAGAGUAUUGUAACGAGAACUAGGUCUCUUUCUGGGAAAGUGCCUGGUUAUGUGCCUGAGACUGUGCCUGAGGAAACUGGCCCUGAAUCCGAUAUGCUCCAAUCCAAUGAAUAUUGCACAGUGGCCUUAGAUAAAAGUGGUAACCCACUCAGUGAUCAUGAACAGCUAGAGAUAAACCGAAUGAUUCCUUCCAAGCCAAGGCGUUUUAUUUUAUAUCCUCGGUCAUACUCUGUUGAAGGUCGGGAUAUGCCUAUGUCUGUUUUUAGAGAGAAUGAUAGUUCGACAGGGGAGGAUGGCAGAAUGAAGAGAAAGGAUGACAACCUUUCCUUGCCCUGCUUUAUUGGAUCAUCUGGUAGCUUCUCUCAGAGAAGUCACCUUCCAUCCAGCGGUAUGUCCACUCCAACCUCAGUUGUCGACAUCCCUCCUCCCUUUGAAUUAGCAUACAUCACCAAGAAACCAAUCACUAAAAGCUCCCCGUCGCUUUUAAUUGAGAGUGACUCUGCAGACAAACAAAAAAAGAAAAAAUCUUCAUUCAAACGUUUCCUAACUCUAAAGUUUAAGAAGAAAACGGAAAACAAGGUGCACGUAGAUGUAAACGUCUCUUCUUCUAGGUCUUCUUCUGAGUCAAGCCACCAUGGGCCCUUAAGAGUCCUAGAACUUGACAGAAGGAGCCUUGGCAGUUCACCACAGCUAAAAUCGCGGUCAGGGAAGCCAUGGGCAUUAGACUCGCCAUCUACCUUUCUCUUCUACAAGGACAGCAAGAGGAAAGGAACCCCAAAGACAUUCAGCAGGAGUGUAUCGAGAGUGGAAUCGUUUGAGGACCGAUCAAGGCCUCCAUUUAUGCCCCUUCCCUUGACCAAGCCCAGAUCCAUAUCUUUCCCCAACGCAGAUACGUCAGAUUAUGAGAACAUUCCUGCCAUGAACUCCGAUUAUGAAAAUAUCCAGAUCCCUCCAAGGAGACCCACCCGAACAGGAACGUUUACGGAGUUUUUCGAGGAUCCUAGCAGGGCGCUUUCUUCUGCCAAUGAGAACGAUGGCUAUGUGGACAUGAGCAGCUUUACCGGGUUUGAAAGCAAACCUCAAACACCCGACCAGGAAUCCGAAAGUGCCUAUACAGAGCCUUAUAAUGUGUGCCCAGUGUCUACAGUGCCAGUUAGUGGCCUGGCAUCAGAGGAAGACCAAGGCAAGAGCUCUGGAGAAGAGGACAGCCUAGUAGAGUCCAGCCAAGAGAGACAGAUUGAUGGGCAAUCAAGAGCUUUCUACAUUGCAAAAGAUCUUAUGGAUUCAGAGAACACACAUGUAAAGGCUCUGAAGUUACUGCAUGAGGAUUUCAGAAAUGCAGUCAUGAGCGCAGUGACUGAGGCUGGAGACCCGGUGCUGGAGGAGGACAAGCUGUGCGAGAUCCUCAGCGAACUGCCACAGAUCUACCAGUUCCAUCAGGACAUCCUCUCAGAUCUGGAGUCCCGAAUCGCAAACUGGGAGGAAUAUCAGAGGAUUGCUGAUGUCCUGCUUUCCCGGAGGCUGCAGUUCAACAUCUUCACCCCAUACAUCACCCAGUAUGACAGGAACAUGGCCCUGCUGGAGGAGUGCUGUCAGAAAUCUCUGGCUUUCUCUCUUGUUGUCAAACAAUUUGAGCAAAGCCCAGCAUGUGGCAAUGUCAGCCUGCAACACCAGCUGUUGAAAGUCAUCGUACGGAUCCUGCAGUAUCGGAUGCUCCUCACGGAUUACUUAAACAACCUGUCUCCAGAUUCGGCCGAGUACGAAGACACACAAGCUGCCUUGGUUAUUGUCUCAGAAGUUGCAGACAGAGCCAAUGACAGCAUGAGGAAAGGGGAGAACUUGCUACGCCUGGUCCACAUUGAAUACAGUGUUAGAGGCCAAAAGGACUUGCUUCAACCGGGAAGGGUUUUUGUCAAAGAAGGGACCUUGAUGAAGGUUUCCAGAAGAAACAGACAGCCUCGUCACCUGUUCUUGAUGAAUGAUGUUAUGCUGUAUACCUACCCACAGCAGGAUGGGAAGUACAGGCUGAAAAACACCCUUUCUUUGACUGAAAUGAAGGUCAGCAAACCCAUAAUAGAGAAUGUGCACAACGCCCUGAAGAUUGAAAACAACAAUUGUUCUAUCACAUUGUCAGCAAGUUCUUGUGGUGAAAGAGAAGACUGGUACCAUGCUUUGAGCCGAGCGAUUUCAGACCACUCCAAAGGUCAGGGCACUUUCUCAAGCUCAAACAGCUGCGAGGCCAGAGAGAAGCUAUGGAUGUCUUUAGGUGAGAAAGCUCCCACCCUGGUGCCUGUGUCGCAUGUGAUGAUGUGCAUGAAUUGUGCCUCUGAUUUCUCCCUCACACUGCGGCGACAUCACUGCCAUGCCUGUGGAAAGAUUGUGUGUCGAGCCUGCUCCAGAAACAAGUACCCUCUCAAGUACCUCAAAGACAGAGUUGCCAAAGUGUGUGACCGCUGCUAUGCUGAGCUGAAGAAACGAGGUGGAGUCUGUCCCGGAGCAGGAGAGAACUCCAGUCACCAGUCAAACAGAUUGUCUGGACGACCGCUCUCAGCUGUCUUUCAAAAUAUCCACCCCCCGAUUCUGUGGAAGAACAGAAAAUCUUCCUCUGCCCUUACUCAGGUGGCAGCUUCAGCAGAGGGAUCAUCGAUGAGUGGCUCUCUGCAUCGCUGCAAGAGAAGCAGGCGGACCUGGAAGAAGCUGUUUUUCCUCAUCAAAGAUAAAGUGCUCUACACAUUCUCAGCCAGUGAGGAUAAAGUGGCAUCUGAAAGUCUGCCUCUUCUGGGCUUCACAGUGAAACAGCCAGAGAAAGCUGAAGGAGCUGAGGCAACCAUGAUGUUUCAGCUGUACCACAAGAAAACCUUGUAUUACACAUUUAAAGCAGAGGACUCAUACACAGCACAGAGAUGGAUUAACGCAAUGGAGGAAGCUACUGUAUUAUAGCACUGGGUAUCUAAACAGCCUUGGUUCAUGGUUAAUGUUAUUCUUCAUUAUACAUUCCUCAUGGUGCAAAUGUGGUUGUACAACCUUGGGCUGUUAUUUAACAUUUGUAAGAAAACCAGCACCCCAACAAUGAAUGUGAAGAAAACAAAGUUUCAUUUGCCUUGAAUCACUACUCACUUAAAGAAGCCUGACUCAAAUGGAGUGUAACUGUAUUUGGUUUUAUUGUCAGUGAAAACACUCAACUGACUUGUCCAUUCUCUGUGUUAUGCAGAGCCCAUUCUGUGUUCAGUGGCUCAGCCAGUACGUUACAGUAUGUGUCUUUGUCCCAGGAGGCAAAAUGGCCUAAAUGAUGACUUACGAUGGCUCUGAUCCGGACUCAAGAAGCUUAAGUAAACCAUGCUGGCACCACAAAUAAGGAACAAGUAAAAGUCAAUCCCAUGCUUAAAAGUAGAAAGAAUAAACGUUUCUGCUGUUGAGCCUUCUUCUAAUGUCCUCUGCAAAUAAGGCAUAUUCAGUACAGAGAAGUAGACAUUAUACUGUAUAGAAAAGUCACUGCCUUCAACAUUUUGGGAUCUUUUAGACUUAUUCAACAUGCCUUAUUUCACAUCUUAAUACUUACAUCUCCCCUCCAUGUCAUUUUCUAAGAGAGUGUAUUUUGAACUUGGGGUUGUCGUACACAUUUUCAUGAACAGUUUUAUGAUAAAUGCUAUAUUGGAUUGUAAAUAUAUCUAGAAAUAUACAGAAAGAAAUGUCAAUAAGUCAAUCUUAAUUCUAAGUAUAGAUGUAAUUAAGUUCUUUUUUUAUAAUCAACUUGUCUGCUAAAAAAAGAAGUCUGUGCACUGCCUGCUUUAACUUCAGAGAGUAAGGAUUCUGACUGGAAUCUGAAAGAUCUUUAAACAAGACUGCAGGCAUCUGUUCAAAAUGGCUAGAAGAUCAUUUUCUUUUCCUUUCAAAACCUUUACAUUAUUUCUGGAAAAAUUUAUACAGUUUUUUCUCGCUUCGAUCUAAAAACACUCCCAGCUGCACUGCACGAACAAAUUGGGAGAUAAUGUAGGGCACAUUCUAUUUAUGUACACAAACAAAUUUACUGUUUCAGUUCCCAGGCUCUUGCACAAAUGUAAAAGGGUACAUUUUUUAAGCAAAAGAAAGUAAAGGAAUGGACAAUAUAAAUAUGCAACACAAAAUUAAUAUAUUUCUUAUGAGCAUACUUAUUAGUAUGUGAUACACACAUACAGUACAGUACACAUCCACACAUGUGAACAAAUAUUAGUGAGUGAUGCUUCUGAUGUAUCUGUGACUGCUUUUUUCAGUUAUCUGAGUAUAACACUCUUUAUGUACUGUAAGUGAAUUGUUUUCAUCCUAAUCUAAGGUUCAAACACAAACAUGAAUAAGCACCAAAAGGAAAAUGUGUUUUAGAAAAGAGCACAAUUUAAAUUCCAUGGCUUCCUAUGGGUUAAAUGGUUUGAUUGACCAAUUGAUAUUUACCUAAUACGUAUCAUUUAUGUAGAGUUAGAGUUCUAAAGCUACAGAUGUUUCACAAUAACUUCUUGUAAACACUUCCAAUUCUGCUGCUUCUACGUUGUUAAUUACCUACAGUCCCCCAUAUCAAAGAUCAAGCCUCACAUGUCCAUUAAAUUUGUGUUUCUAAAAUAUAUAGGAAUACAUCAUUUAAAAUAUUCUGCUUUUUCAGUCCCAUAAGGCAUUUGGUGUUCUCUGGGAUGUGAUACUG